AUGGCCUCUCUUUCUAGCAUCAAGGAAGAAGCACCACAAAAGCAAUUCAUAUCAGAUAUUGCUUGCCCCUUGACAGUGGCAUCCAACAAGCUAGCAGUAUCAAUCUCAGUCUUCUCCAACAUUGUGUUAGCUCUAGCAAAUGGCUCUAAUGCAGGAAGCAUAGCAAUCUACUGGGGCCAGAACGGUAAUGAAGGCACUCUGGCUGGGGCUUGUGCCACUGGGAACUAUAAGUACUUGAUUUUAGCCUUCUUGCCAACUUUUGGCAAUGGCCAAACUCCAAUGAUAAACCUAGCUGGUCAUUGUGAUCCUUACACUAAUGGCUGCACUGGCUUGAGUUCUGACAUCAAAUCCUGUCAAGCCAAAGGCAAAAAGGUGUUACUGUCUUUAGGAGGAGGUGCUGGUAGCUACUCACUUGCAUACUCACAAGAUGCAGAGAAUGUAGCCACUUACCUUUGGAACAACUUCUUAGGAGGACAAUCUUCUUCACGUCCAUUGGGUCCCGCUGUUCUUGAUGGCAUUGACUUUGACAGUGAAGGAGGAUCAAACCAACACUGGGGUGAUCUUGCCAGGUUCCUUAGAGGCUAUGGAGCUAAUGGGAAGAAGAAAGUGUACAUAACUGCAGCACCUCAGUGUAUUUUUCCUGAUGCUUGGAUAGGAAAUGCCCUCAAGACUGGUCUUUUUGAUUAUGUUUGGGUUCAAUUCUACAAUAACCCUCCUUGUCAGUACAGUUCUGGAAUGACCAGUUUUGAAGAUGCAUGGAAGCAAUGGACAUCAGAUAUACCAGCCAACAAGAUAUUCUUGGGGCUACCAGCUUCCCCUGAGGCUGCAGGCACUGGAUUUAUUUCUGCUACUAAUCUCACUUCCGCUGUGCUUCCAGCCCUUAAGACUUCUGCUAAAUAUGGAGGUGUUAUGUUGUGGUCCAGAUAUUAUGAUGCCCAAAGCGGAUACAGUAACUCCAUCAAAAGCCACGUCUAAAAUCAACACUCAUCUUUUAAUCAUG